AUGCACUUCAGGAGCAGUGCUCUAUGUUUGCUGCUGCUGCUAUGUCUUUGCGUGCUGGGGAGGGUACUGGAAGUGAAAGGGCAAAACCAGGCGUACCUGUCGGAGGCUCUCAGAGCUUUGAAUCUGCCCCGGGGGAUGGAGGACAAGCCUCAGCUCCAGAAGAACAGCACCAGUGUCCUGAUCACCACGCUGCUGCAGGCGGUGCGCUGCGCAGAGAGGACUGGCAUGUCUCAGGACAUGUGUGAAAAGUGCCUGACACCAGACGUAGCCCUCUCUGUGCUGGAGGAUGAUGGGAAGACUUAUCUCACGGAGGAGGACUACCAACAGAUCUCAACUGUUCUGCUAUACUAUAUAAUUAACUUGCAAGAUCUGUGUGUGUCCAACGCUGCCUCUCCUUCCUCCGUUUCCUCGUCAUCUGCAAACUUUCAGUUCUAUCUUCUGGCCCUCACUAACCUACAUCCAGCUGAGGAUAACCGCUUCCUGUCACCCAGUGAAACAGAAAGUAUUCUGCAGCUCAUCAGCCAGCACUACAACCCCUCUGACCAAGAUAGUGCCUCUGAUUUGCAAUGUAUUGAUGCAGCUCGUCUCCUGGAGGAUGUUGAUGCUAAAGGAAAUCUAGGUGCUACAGCAUCUACUGUACCGAGACUGGCUGCAGCCAUCAUCAGCCAUGUUCUGCAGGGCCGCUGCUUCAGACGGAGGAACCUGCCAUCCCCUGCCUUCUUUACAGACUAUAUCUUUCAAUCUCUAAAUCGCACAAGUAACCUGCACAUUAUAGACCUGGAGGAGCUGCUUCAUCAGUUGGGAGUAGGACAGGAAGGAGGGGCGCACACUCGCGACAGAAAGAGGCGGAGCAUCACAGGACGUUCACAGAAGGCAGCCGUGCCUUCGCUGGACAGCUGCAACCCUGAACCUGAAGGAAUACACAGAGAUUGGGCACAGGUAUGUUUUUCAGCCAAUCAAUUGGUGGAUAUUUUUGCUCUGGAUCCUCAUUUGCCAAUUUCCAAGGAGCACUUCAGACAAAUUUGCCCAGCCAUCAUUCAGCAGUUGCUAGGCAAUGCCUGUGAGCCUGCAGAGCAAAAAGCAAGAGGAUCUCUACCCACUGCACUCGAGAAGUACGGCUACAGUACAGCUGCUGUCCUGCUCAUCACGGUGGGCUCCAUGUUUGGCAUCUGCCUGAUCUUCUUCAACUCCUGCCAGGAGACCUACACUCUCAUCCUGCAGCUGUUUGUAGGCCUGGCAGUGGGAACCCUUUCUGGAGACGCUCUCCUGCACCUCAUACCGCAGAUUCUUGGCCUCCAUGACGACUCUCACAGCCACGAUGAUAAACACCUCGUUGAAGAAAAGGACUAUCUGUGGAAGAUUCUGGGCAUCAUUGCUGGGAUUUACGGCUUUUUCCUGAUUGAAAGAAUAUUCUCCUUUUUAGUUCCUUCUCAUGGCCAUGGUCACUCCAGCGACCUUCCCUUAGAGCUGAACUGCAACGGUCAGUCACAGAGGGGCAAGUCCAUCUCCACCAUACAGCUGGGACCAGUGGAUGACUUGGAGUGUGCAGACAUGUCUCCUGAACAUGCAGACACAAGGAGGCCUUCACAUCAGAGACAAGGGGUUUCUCUGCUGGCUGUGAUGGUAAUUGUGGGAGACAGUCUUCAUAACUUCGCCGAUGGCCUGGUGGUCGGGGCGGCUUUCUCCUCUUCAGCUGAGACCGGCAUGGCAACCACUGUGGCCAUCCUGUGCCACGAGAUCCCGCACGAGAUGGGGGACUUUGCAGUGUUGCUCAGCUCUGGACUCUCAGUGAAGACUGCUGUGCUAAUGAACUUUCUCAGCGCUCUGACAGCCUUCAUGGGGCUCUACAUCGGCCUCUUUGUUUCCUCUGAGACAGAAGUACAGCAGUGGAUCUUCUCUGUCACUGCUGGGAUUUUUCUCUACCUGUCACUAGUAGAAAUGCUUCCAGAGAUGAGUCGGGUGAAGACCGACAGACCGUGCCUCAUGUUCCUCCUACAGAACCUCGGCCUCCUGAUGGGUUGGGCCUGCCUUUUGCUGCUCGCGCUCUUUGAACAUGAACUUAAAUUCUAAAUGCAGCGUACAUGCCUUCACGCGGGGUUGAGCCGAAACA